AUGCCCGCCCCAAGGUCGCCGUCCCAUCCCAUCGUGCCACGGACACGGUCGGCGUCGUGUCAUGUGCCUCGUGCCCUGCGUGCCGGCAUCGAGCGUGCGACGGAUCGCCUUGGCACGGCCGACGUCGAAGCCUCCGAGCACCGUGCCGAACCGACUCGUCGUCGGCCGUCGAUCGGACAGGAUGCUUCAGCUCAUGAAUUUUGCCUCGGCAUCGAGACCAUGAUUCGGCGAUAUACGAUGAAGACCACUACGUUUGGAGCAUCAAAUCCGUGCAUGUCAGUCGUCAAUGGGACAGGAUGCUUCCAGCUCAUGAAUUUUGUCUCGGCAUCGAGACCAUGA